AUGGCCAGGUUGACUCCAGUCGUCAUCGGAGUCGGAGACAUGAUUAAUCGGUCGCGGAAGGUGGAAGAUGCGAUCGAGCCCUUGGAGCUCAUCCUCCAGUCAAUCGAGAUCGCGAUCAAAGACACCAAUGUACCGAAGGCAGCUGAAGCCAGACUGCGAUCGGCGAUUGACAGCUUAGAUAUGGUCCGCACCUGGACGUGGCCGUAUGAGGACUUGCCGGGUAGCAUUGCAAAGGCAGUGAACAUUACCCCAAGACACACGUUCUACAGCCAGCAUUCGGGAAAAGAAGUAGCGAGGUUGUGCGAUGCGGCCGCUCGCAGGAUCUCAUUUGGAGAAAGCAAAGCCGCGAUAGUGACGGGAGGCGAAGCCCUGGCAUCUCUUGCUGCAUGCGCGGCAGCCAAAAAGCUACCCCCUCCAGGCUGGACCAAACUUGACCAAAAAGUCGACUCAGUAUUUUCCCCAACGGAAACUGAAUUGAAAAGCAAGGCCGGCACCCUUGCCUCGAAAUAUUCAAUCGGAGCACCCAUUCAGGUCUACCCGCUCUAUGAGAACGCAUUCAGAGCUCAUCGGGGCCAAUCGAUUCAAGAGAACCAAAAAGAAUCUGCUCAACUAUACGCAGAGUUUGCCCAAGUUGCGAAGACAAAUCCGUUGGCUUGGAAUUAUGGGACAGCAGAAAGCGAGGAAACUAUUGGGACCGUGACAAAACGGAAUCGAAUGAUCUGUUUCCCUUACCCUCUUUUGAUGAACGCCUUUAACACGGUCAACCUUGCCGGGGCCUGUCUGCUAACAUCCGCCGAGCUUGCCAAAGAGCUGGGUAUUCCUGCCGACCGUUGGAUCUACCUCCUAGGAGGUGCCGGGACCCAGGACAGUCCUGAUUUCUGGGAACGUCCCAAUUUCUACUCGAGCCCGUCCAUCUCGUUGGCGCUGGAUGUGGGUCUGGAGGCCUCUGGGCUCAAGAAGGAAGAUGUCGAUUUUUACGAUUUUUAUUCUUGCUUCCCCAUUGUGCCAAAGCUCGCCGCUCAUCACCUUCAAUUACCCAUAACAAAGUCACCGAAACCGAUUACCCUGCUCGGGGGACUAACAUCAUUCGGCGGAGCAGGCAAUAACUACUCAAUGCACGCGAUCACUGAGACGGUUAGAAAACUGAGAAGGGGCGACGGCACCUACGGUGUAGUCCUAGCCAACGGCGGCGUGGUUACUUACGAGCAAGUCCUCUGCUUUUCUUCACAACCUAGAAAACACGGUCCAUACCCAGACAAAAAUCCACUUCCUUCGAUAAUACCAGCUAUUCCUGCGCCGACGGUGGUUGUCGAUGCCGAAGGGGAAGCAGUUGUUGAGACAUACACCGUGGACUUCAGCAGGGAAGGUACUCCUAUCCGAGGACACAUAAUUGGCCGGUUGAAGAGCAACAAUCACCGCUUCCUAGCACAUCACGGGAGCUCUUCAACACUGCUGCAGCUUUCCAGCUGGGUGCGUGAACCAAUUGGAAGAAGCGGCUGGGUAUGGAAUGAGUCAACAAGCGGGAGGAAUCUAUUCACUUUCGAGACAGGCGAGAAACUGUAA